AUGUCUAACAUACUUCAUGCAGCGACCAACGUGAAAUGGAACCGGUCUGCAGCAGCGAAGCGAGCUGCCUUCCUUGUGGUUGCUGCAUACGGUGUGAAAACACUGUACCCUAUCAUCUGCAAACAGAUCAACAAACGAAAGGAGAGACAAAAUCCACCGCACUCGAGAGGAGAGGAAAAUGGAUCGUUGGCCGUCAAGAAAUCCACGACGGACAUUGUGCCUUCCCACAAGAAGAAAUCCCCUGGCGUGGAUGCAGAAUUUUUCAAGCAGGUCCUUGAACUGGUCAAAAUAGUAUUCCCCAAGCUUUUAACAAAGGAACUGGGUUUGUUGUGUUUGCAUUCUGUUGCACUCGUCUCUAGGACGUUUUUAUCCAUUUAUGUCGCCGGAUUGGACGGCAAGAUUGUGAAAACAAUCGUGGAGAAAAAGCCCAGGGAUUUUAUCAUGCAACUGAUGAAAUGGCUUCUCAUAGCUAUCCCCGCUACAUUCGUCAACAGUGCAAUCCGCUACCUGGAGUGCAAGCUGGCCCUGGCGUUUCGCACCCGACUUGUGAACCACGCAUACAAAACCUAUUUCACCGACCAGACCUAUUACAAAGUUAGCAACAUGGACGGCAGGCUGGCGAACCCUGACCAGUCGCUCACGGAGGACGUGAUGAUGUUUUCCCAGUCCAUCGCACAUUUGUAUUCCAACCUCACCAAGCCCAUCCUGGAUGUCAUCCUCACAUCGUACACUCUCAUCCAGACGGCCCGGUCCCGCGGUGCUAACGCCUCAGGGCCGACGCUGCUGGCCGGGUUGGUGGUGUUCGCCACGGCUAAAGUGCUGCGGGCUUGCUCGCCGAAAUUUGGCAAGCUGGUGGCCGAGGAGGCCCACAGGAAAGGAUAUCUACGCUACGUGCACUCGAGAAUCAUUGCCAAUGCUGAGGAGAUAGCCUUCUACCGGGGUCACAAGGUGGAGAUGCGGCAGCUGCAGAAGUGCUACCGGGCUUUGGCGGAGCAGAUGAACCUGAUCCUGAACAAGCGCCUGUGGUACAUCAUGCUGGAGCAGUUCCUAAUGAAGUACGUGUGGAGCGGCAGCGGCCUGGUCAUGGUGGCCGUGCCCAUCAUCACCGCCACCGGCUUUGCCGACAACGAGUUGGCGGACGGCCAUACGCAGGUGAUGGUGAGCGAGAGGACGGAGGCCUUCACCACGGCCCGCAACCUGCUGGCAGCCGGAGCCGACGCCAUCGAGAGGAUCAUGUCCUCAUACAAAGAGGUGACAGAGCUAGCGGGCUACACGGCGCGUGUGCACAACAUGUUCCUGGUGUUUGAGGAGGUCCAGAGGGGCAUCUAUAAGCGCUCCUCUCUCAACGGGGAGGUGGACAAGGCCGCCGGCCGCGCCGCGCUGCACAUCGACGGACCGCUACACAUCAACGGGAAAGUGAUUGACGUGGAUAAGGGCAUCAUCUGUGAGAGUGUUCCCAUCAUCACACCCAGUGGGGACAUAGUGGUGUCCGGCCUCGAUUUCAAGGUAGAAGAAGGUAUGCACCUGUUGAUCACGGGUCCCAACGGCUGUGGCAAGAGCUCCCUGUUCCGUAUCCUCAGUGGCCUCUGGCCCGUAUAUGGAGGAAGCCUCUACAAGCCCUCUCCACAGUACAUGUUCUACAUCCCACAGAGGCCCUACAUGUCGAUUGGUUCGCUGCGUGAUCAGGUGAUCUACCCGGACUCCCUGGAGGACAUGAGGGACAGAGGCUUAACGGACAGGGACCUGGAGUCCAUCUUGGAUAUCGUCAACCUCAACCACAUCGUCACCAGGGAGGGUGGUUGGGAUGCAGAGCUGGACUGGAAGGAUGUUCUGUCGGGCGGAGAGAAGCAGAGGAUGGGCAUGGCCCGAAUGUUCUACCAGAAGCCAAAGUAUGCCCUGCUGGACGAGUGCACUAGUGCGGUCAGCAUAGACGUGGAGGGCAAGAUCUUCCAGGCAGCAAAGGACGCCGGGAUAUCUCUGCUGUCGAUCACACACAGGCCAUCUCUGUGGAAGUACCACACGCACCUGCUGCAGUUUGAUGGCGAGGGCGGCUGGCGCUUCGAGCAGCUGGACACGGCGACGCGCCUCUCGCUCACCGAGGAGAAGCAGCGGCUGGAGUCGCAGCUGGCCGGGAUACCCAAGAUGCAACUGCGCCUCAACGAGCUCUGCAAGAUCCUGGGAGAGGACUCUGUGCUCAAGACGGCCGACCACAACGAGGAGCAGUGACAACUGCCGGGAGAGAGGGAAGUAGUGGCAGGGUGUGAGAGAACAACAGAGAAUGGUAGAAACCGUGCGAGAGGCAGAGAUUGAGUGGGUGACCGUAUGAGAGACAUAUGGAAGGAGGAAACAACAGAGAGAGAUGCAGAGGCUAGCCUAUGUUCAAAUGUUCACUAACUCACUACACUGGGCACUACAGUACAUGGUGCGAGUUACAUUAUAUUUUGUUCCCCAUACACGUACUGCAAUGUGUUGUGAGAAAGUGAACAUUCCAGCUGUUUGAAAAGAGUUUGAGGCAAAGAAGACGCAAGUGUGUGUGUGUUUUUUGAGAGUCUUAAAUUGCCCCCCCUUCAAACGCGAGCAGCUUGCGCUGCUUUAUGUUGUAUGGGGAGAAAGCGGAUGCAAAGUCCGAGGUACUUAUCGUAGUUACUA